UGGACAUGUAAAUAGCUGUUUUUGAAAGUUUUUUUUACAGUAAACAGCUGCACCGAUUUACCAAUAAUGACGGCCUGAGUCAUUGCUUAGUAGCUAGUUACAUACAGCCAGUGAGCUAGCUAGUUAGCUGCUAAAACUGGUUAACAUUAGCUGGAGAGCUUACUUUACUUCAGUCAUUGCUCUACUUCCACAACUGAUAGUCAAUAUUUGCAUGAUGUUGCUAGUAGAUGUGUGCUGUGCCUUCAAGAUGAGUGUGAAGGCAUUUGAGCUGGUCCCUGCCGUGGACCGGGAGCUCCUGAUGGGAGACAAGGCCCGCAUCAACAUUGAGUGCAUCGAGUGCUGCGGCAAGCACCUGUACGUGGGCACCAACGACUGCUUCAUACAUCACUUCCUGCUGGAGGAGCAUGCCACGACCAAGGGGAUGCUAUCCUACACCGUCCAGAAGCUGCUGUUCAGGUACCUGGGCCUGAAAAAGCCUGUGGAGGCCCUGAAGGCCGCCUCAGCAUUAGAACGCAUCAUUGUGCUCUGUGAUGCUACAGUUAGUGUUGUUGACAUGAUCACCUUAGAACCCGUGCCUUCGGGCGGGGCCAAGAUUAAGGGCGUGGCCGCGUUCUGCGUCAACGAGAACCCGGUGAACGGGGACCCGUUCUGCGUAGAGAUCGGGGUGAUCUCGGCCCGGCGGCGCACCGUGCAGAUAUACAUGGUGUACGAGGACAGGGUGCAACUGGUGAAAGAGGUCAACACACCGGAGCAGCCAUGUGCGGUCAGUCUGGACGGUUAUUUCCUGUGCCUGGCCCUCUCCACGCAGUACAUGAUCCUUAACUACAGCACAGGGGCCGCGCAGGACCUGUUCCCCUACGACAGCGAGGAGAGGAAGCCCAUCGUCAAGAGGAUCGGCAGGGAGGAGUUCCUCUUGGCUGCCCCCGGUGGCCUGGGUAUGUUUGCCAAUGCAGAGGGUAUAUCCCAGCGUGCCCCAGUGAACUGGUCAGAGAGUGUGAUGGGAGCAGCGGUGUGUUUUCCCUAUGUGGUAGCGCUAGACGAGGGCUUCGUCUCCGUCCACAGUAUGCUGGACCAGCAGCUCAAACAGACCCUCUCCUUCAGAGACGGACACAUCCUACAGGACUUUGAAGGUAAGGUGGUUCUGGCCUCCUCUAAGGCUGUGUAUGUGCUGGUACCCCUACCUCUGGAGAGACAGAUCCAUGAGCUGCUAGCUGGACACAGAGUGGAGGAGGCCCUCACCCUUACAGAGGGAGCCAGGAGGAACAUUCCCAAAGACAAGUUCCAGAUAAUGCACAAAAGAAUCCUCCAGCAAGCAGGAUUCAUACAGUUUGGACAGCUUCAGUUUUUAGAAGCAAAAGAACACUUCAGGACAGGUCAGUUGGACGUCCGGGAGUUGAUCUCCCUCUACCCUCUCCUCCUCCCAGCCUCCUCCUCCUUCACCCGCUGCCACCCGCCGCUCCACGAGUUCGCUGACCUCAACCACCUGGCGCAGGGGGACCAGGAGAAGGUCCAGAGGUGCAAGAGGUUCCUCAUCACGUACCUGGGUGAGGUGCGAAGCACGGAGGGGGCUAACGGCUGCCGGGAGGACGUGGACACGGCUCUGUUGAAGCUGUACGCUGAGCAGGACCACGAGAGUCUUCUGGACCUGCUGGCCUCCCCCAACGCCUGUUUACUGGCAGAAAGCGCCCCCUGGCUAGAGAAACACCACAAGUAUUUUGCACUAGGCCUCCUCUACCAUUAUAACGGACAGGAUUCAGCUGCUCUACAGUUGUGGGUGCGGGUAGUGAAUGGGGACCUUCAGGACUCUACCAGGUCUGAUCUGUACGAGUACGUUGUGGACUUCCUGAGUUUCUGUUCCAACCCAGACCUGGUGUGGAAGUAUGCAGACUGGGCCCUGCAGAGAGACCAGACGAUAGGGGUGCAGAUCUUCACCAGGAGGCCGGUGGGUCAGGACCAGGUUAAGGAGCAGAAGGACCAGGUUAAGGAGCAGAAGGACCAGGUUAAGGAGCAGGUGAACCCAGACGACGUCAUCACGUACCUGGGGAAACACAGCCAGGCUCUGCUGCUGUACCUGGAACACCUGGUUCUGGGCCGACGGAUACAGAAAGAGAAGCUCCACACCCACCUGGCAGUGCAGUAUACAGACAGAGUCCUGUCUCUCCUAUCUCAGUCCCCCACAGUGGACCAACAGGUGUCUCUAGCACGGGACAAACUCCAGUUCCUGCUCAGGGAGUCCAGCCUGUACCGCGUCCAACUACUACUGGGUAAGAUCCAGGAGUAUGACCAGUUGUUUCUGGAGAGAGCCACGCUCCACGGGAAACUAGAGGAGCACGAUAAGGCGUUACACAUCCUGGUGCACCAGCUCAAAGACUUCCCCGCUGCUGAGGCCUACUGCGUGAGGGGUUCCGCCUCCCGGGACCCGGCCUACCAGCAGCGCCUCCUCCACCUCCUUCUGGGGGUCUAUCUGGACCGGGACCUUCCCAGUAGUACCGGCACUGGGGAGCUGGAGAUGGCAGCGGUGGAUCUGUUAAACCGGCACGGGGAGCUGUUUGACGCGGUGCGCGUGCUGGACCUGCUUCCUAAAGGGUGGUCCCUGCAGCUGCUUCGCCCGUUCCUCGGACGCGCCCUGCGGGGGAGUAUGCACGCCUGCCGUACCUCCCAGGUUGCACUGGGGCUGGCGAGGUCAGAGAACCUACAGCUGCAGCACGACAGGUUGAAGCAGAGGAGAAGCCCAGUCCUGGUAUCAGAGAAGAAGGGCUGUGUUCUGUGUCACAACACCUUCAGCGAGCCGGACUGUGUGUGUCUUCCAGGAGGCGUCCCCGUACACACACACUGUGCCGCCCAGAGGGUGGUACGGGACUCGCCCACCAGGAGACAACUAGCCAAUAGCAACAACCACACAUGAAGCCCCUUCCCACCACCACCCAAUCCUCACCCAGAGCCAGUGUGAUGGGAGGAGCCUAGCAGCAGCCCGGGCUGUGAUUGGUUGCGUGUGGGGGGUCACAUCAGAUGAUGACUAUGGGGGAUAAAAGCACAGCGGUUACCAUGGCUACCGUGGUCCAGCAUAGUGGGAGCAGCCCUGGAGCAUACUCAGAAACACAGAGCUGACUACACUUCUCUAGUGUGUGUGUGUGUGUGUGUGUGUGUGUGUGUGUGUGUGUGUGUGUGUGUGUGUGUGUGUGUGUGUGUGUGUGUGUGUGUGUGUGUGUGUGUGUGUGUGUGUUCAUUUGUGAAUGAAUGAAGGAAGGUAUUUAUUCCAGUGCCACCAUUCAUAAACAACAGGGAGACUGAUGACCGACUGAGUUGUGAAUGAAGUUCUACAACAAGAACUAACUCCAUAUCCAUCCAUAAUGACUCUAAACAUGCUAUGUCUGUCCUGGUCCAGUGCUGAACCCCUCCUCUGCUAUGUCUGUCCUGGUCCAGUGCUGAACCCCUCCUCUGCUAUGUCUGUCCUGGUCCAGUGCUGAACCCCUCCUCUGCUAUGUCUGUCCUGGUCCAGUGCUGAACCCCCUCCUCUGCUAUGUCUGUCCUGGUCCAGUGCUGAACCCCUCCUCUGCUAUGUCUGUCCUGGUCCAGUGCUGAACCCCUCCUCUGCUAUGUCUGUCCUGGUCCAGUGCUGAACCCCUCCUCUGCUAUGUCUGUCCUGGUCCAGUGCUGAACCCCUCCUCUGCUAUGUCUGUCCUGGUCCAGUGCUGAACCCCUCCUCUGCUAUGUCUGUCCUGGUCCAGUGCUGAACCCCUCCUCUGCUAUGUCUGUCCUGGUCCAGUGCUGAACCCCUCCUCUGCUAUGUCUGUCCUGGUCCAGUGCUGAACCCCUCCUCUGCUAUGUCUGUCCUGGUCCAGUGCUGAACCCCUCCUCUGCUAUGUCUGUCCUGGUCCAGUGCUGAACCCCUCCUCUGCUAUGUCUGUCCUGGUCCAGUGCUGAACCCCUCCUCUGCUAUGUCUGUCCUGGUCCAGUGCUGAACCCCUCCUCUGCUAUGUCUGUCCUGGUCCAGUGCUGAACCUCUGCUAUGUCUGUCCUGGUCCAGUGCUGAACCCCUCCUCUGCUAUGUCUGUCCUGGUCCAGUGCUGAACCCCUCCUCUGCUAUGUCUGUCCUGGUCCAGUGCUGAACCUCUGCUAUGUCUGUCCUGGUCCAGUGCUGAACCUCUGCUAUGUCUGUCCUGGUCCAGUGCUGAACCUCUGCUAUGUCUGUCCUGGUCCAGUGCUGAACCUCUGCUAUGUCUGUCCUGGUCCAGUGCUGAACCUCUGCUAUGUCUGUCCUGGUCCAGUGCUGAACCUCUGCUAUGUCUGUCCUGGUCCAGUGCUGAACCUCUGCUAUGUCUGUCCUGGUCCAGUGCUGAACCUCUGCUAUGUCUGUCCUGGUCCAGUGCUAAACCUCUGCUAUGUCUGUCCUGGUCCAGUGCUGAACCCCUCCUCUGUUAUGUCUGUCCAGGCCCAAACCUGAGGUGAGUUUGAGUCUAUCCCUGGGCAGGGUCUUACUGCAGAACACAGUACUAGCAGACCAGUUAGGCACCUCCUCCUUCACUACAGUGGCUCCUCUCUGCUGCUGGUAUCUGAGACUGAACUUGAAGACGAUGAUUCCCCAGUGAGGCUGCGUUCACAGCCAGGAGAGUUCCUAAGUGUUGCUAAAUGUUCUGCUGUGUUGCACACGCUCUCUCACCCCUCCAACCUGCUCCCCAACCCAAACCUUGUGUCCACACUUCUCAAGAACUGUCUCUCUGCCUUCAAGCAAAAAAACAAUGGUUUGGUUUUCACUUUGCUAACCAAGGUGGGGUUGAAACAUCCAGCUAACCUGAUGCUAGCUGGUUUCAGCUCAGACCAGGGCCGUAUUCAUUAGGCACCAAACUGAAGAAAACGGGAGAGGGACUAGCUGAGCCAUCUCGAAAAACAAACUUGUGUUCCUUUUCCACUGCAAAACGUUUCGCUUCGGUGUUCCCUGAUGAACGUGACCCAGCUCUAUGGGAUGUGAAAUGCUAAAACACUGAACAGAAGAAUUGGCUAAUGUUUCACUAACCAAAGCUACAUUAAACCUGGUCCCAGAUCUGUUCGUGCUCAUGCCAACUUCAUUGCUAUUAGUCAAGCCAAUUAUAUUUGGCAUGACUAUGAGUGACAAGGAGUUGUCAUGGUGACACAAACAGACUGGCAUUCAGGCUAAGCUAUGUCCUAUUUAUAGAGUUCUCAGCUUUGUAUCUGUCCCAUUAUGGUGUCAGUGACAGCAUGGGCAGCACCACUGAGGCCAUCACCAUUUUAAAGUAGUACAUUUUCAACAAAAAAAUUAUGUUUGAAAAAGUGUAUUGCUCAUAUUAGUGAUUUACCACCACCUGCAUUGUCUGGGGUCUUGAACCAAAUCUUGUAAUUCAUUUAUUGUGGCCACUAGAAGGCGGUGAUAUAGCUUAAAGCCAUUUACAAACUAAGCAAACCAAUUUUGAAGAAGAAAAUGCUCUGAUCAUUGACUGAUCACUCCCAACUCAUAGGAAUCCCUGUCCAGUUGACUACUUUAAAAUGGUGGAAGCGCUCAGUGGCAAAGCCCAUGCAAAUCGUGUUAUUUCCAAGUAAUGAUCUCGAUACAUCUCUAUGGUCCUGUCCCAGUUCAUGUAGAUCAGUGAACAACAUGAUUGUGGGUCGAACAAAGCAAGAAAUCAGCCUUUGUAUUAACACACUGAUUUACAGGGAAUCCUUCAAUUAUGCAACUUAGCCGGUAAAAUAUACAUUUGUUUUAGUACUGAUGCGUUAAAACCAGAUGAGCAUUUUGUGAACAGUAAAAGGGAAAAUGCAUUGCAGUCUUUGUUUUAAUGCUUUAAUUGUUUUGUUCUCACGCUGCUUGCAAGGUUUAUAGCAAACGGAUUUAUCUGUCAAAAAAACUAUUUUGACUUUUUAAAAUGUGUGAAAUGUCAAACUUUUGAUGGAUUUUGCAAUAGACCAUUUGAUGAGCACAGACUAAGUGAAACUCCUCUUCUCACACACACACACACACACACACACACACACUUCCUUCUCUGUUCUUCUUCUCUAUGAUGAAGAUUCAGUUUGUUUCUCUGUUGGUGAAGGGUGUUGUGUGUCUGUCUGUUCCUCAGGUGGCACCCUAUUUCCUAUAUAAUACACAACAUUUAACCAGGACCUCUGUCCAUUUGGGGAUGGAGCUCUGAUCAAAACAAUGUUUAUUUUUAAUUCAGCCUUUAAUUGAAAAGCCUGUCCUGAUCACAGUGCUACCAUGUGAAUAGAAACAGCCAGGUAUGACUCUACAUGUUGUAGAUGAAGGUGUUGCUGUCUGCCUCUCUAUUCCCUCCAUACUUCACUACUGCUUUGAUCGGUUCUGUACUUAAUGUUCUGUUAUUUCAUAAAGGAAUGAAUCGCUGUCCGUUA